AUGAGUGGCGGUAAGUUUCUGGUUAUUUUAAAAAUAAUAUAUGGUAAAGUAACCUACUAGGAGUGAUAAACAGGCCGGAACCACAUUUGAAAUCCGGUUUGUUUUCUUUUUUUUCGCUAGCCGGCCUAAAAAAGAAAAAAAAAUUCAGGCCCGGCCUGGCCCGUCGCAUUUUAAUAAAAAAAUUUACAUUUUUAAAAUUUGAAAAAAAAGUUAGAGCAUUUAUUGAUCGUGGUACCCAAAAAAUCAAAAAAAUCAACAAAAAUUAAAAUAUAAAAUUUUUUUAAUUGUCUUGGGCUUUAUUAGUUUUCAAGCUUGGUUUACGUUCUUCUGAUCAAACGUAUAAAACCUACCUUUUUCAGCAUCAAAAUUUCUUUUUCAACCCUAACAUUUCAGGUGGCAUUUCCGAACUGAUUGCGCUGUUCAUUCGUUUCUUCGAGUUCCUGGUCUCCAUCCUCACUGGCAAUGCACCAGCACCGAAACCGCCAGCCGAGAGCCAUAAUGGAGAGGUAGUGGAGUACGCCAAGCCCAAAGACCCCAACUACAAAACUUUGGCCAUUGUUCCUGAUGAUCCAUUUAAGAAAAACAAAUAA